AGUGGGGCAGAGGUGCAAGCUGAGAGAGCCAUUUCCCACAAAGAUAGCUCUGACUCAGCAUUUAGACCCACCCCAGAUAAGAGUAGUAGUGUUUCAUAACACAAGGUCUGCACUCGGCUGAGGAGCCGUAUCCUCUUCUAUCCCCUCCAGGAGUCAUGGCUCUGCUGUCCGUCCUCACACCUGUCCUGGCGGUGGUGCUGUGCCUGGUGAUUGGCUUCAUGCUGGUGAGGUCACGGGAGACGGCGACCACCUCGGCCACCCAGGGAAAUUAUGUGUCGCCAGAAACAGACUUUAGACCGUGGGUGGACCAGGACUUACGGGACGAUACAGAAAUCACAGCAAAAGAGGACGAGGAUGGGGAUUGGGCAGAAAGCAACGAGGAGGAAGACCUUCUACAUGUGCCCUACUCACCUCCACAUUACCCAGAGGAGACAAUGCUGGAGAGAUCCAAGGAUUUGUACACUCUGAUGAACCAGCGGAGGUCUGUCCGAUUCAUCAGCCCAGAGCCGGUCCCACGAGAAGUCAUCGAUAAUGUCAUCCGCACUGCAGGUACGGCCCCUAGUGGAGCACACACAGAGCCCUGGACGUUCGUCGUGGUCUCAGACCCAGAGACGAAGCACCAGAUCAGACGGAUAGUGGAAGAAGAGGAGGAAGUCAACUACCGUCAGAGGAUGGGGAACAAAUGGGUCAAUGAUUUGGCCAAAUUAAGGACAAAUUGGAUUAAGGAGUACUUGGAUGUUGCUCCAUAUCUAGUCCUCGUCUUCAAACAGACCUAUGGGAUUCUACCAAACGGCAAGAAAAGGACACACUACUACAAUGAAAUCAGUGUCUCCAUAUCCUGUGGAAUCCUGUUGGCUGCAUUACAGAACGUGGGUCUCGUCACCGUCACAACGACGCCCCUGAACUGCGGCCCCCAGCUCAGGCUUCUCCUCAAACGGCCAGCCAAUGAGAAACUGUUGAUGUUACUUCCUGUAGGUUAUCCUGCGUCUGACGCCACAGUGCCUGACUUGAAACGCAAGCCUCUGGAUGAUAUUGUGGUGCACAUAUAACCUAAUUAUUCUGCAGAGAAAUUAAUUUUUCUUUGCCCGCAGCUGAAAAGUCAACAAAACAUAUACCGUAUAAAAUUAGAAAUGUUUAAAAUGUUCUUGUAGUCUAAAUCUAAAGCUAUUAUCUCAACAAUAAACCUAUGUAUAGAAGAAACAGACAGCAAAGUGCCAUUGCAACCAUGUUCAUGUGUGUAACUCAUCAGAUACACAACCAAAAAUGGACUUAAAUCUCCUCACAUACCGCUGAUUGAUAAGCAUAGUUUAUUAUGCCAUUACUUUGAUUUUGAAGGCAAAAUAGCAUUUCUGUUUGAUGCUGCGAUGUUAAAUUAAGGAAUGGGUAAAAUAAUAAACAGCCAAUCCCUUUAAGUUUUUCCAUGUAUAACCUAUUUUAAUAAACAUUUAUUAAAAGUAAUCCCUUUUUUUACCAGAAAUUUUACAGUACAUUUUUAAUCAUUUUCACACACCAUUAUGGUUUACAUAAACACGUUUAUUAACCUUGUACAUCAUUAUAUGAGAUGAGAUUUCACUGUGUUGCAAUAGCCACUGGCACAAAUGUCAAAUCAGUCAAACAAGCACAAUGUCAAUCAUGCUCUUACCAAACAAACUGACAUCUAACUGGUUUCCAGCACUGCUGCCAAAAUUAAAAUACAAUCUGUGUUCAGUUGUUUGCUCUGGGA